AUGACGGCGCUGUCGUACCUCCACGAGCCUGGGGUGCUGUGGAACCUGCGGCAGCGGUUCCAGUUUGACGAGAUCUACACCUACACGGGCAGCAUCCUGAUCGCGGUCAACCCGUUCGCGCCCCUGCCGCACCUCUACGGCACGCACAUGAUGGACCAGUACCGCGGCGCCGACCUGGGGGACCUGUCACCGCACGUGUACGCCAUUGCGGACGCGGCGUACAAGCAGAUGCGCAAGGAGGGCAGCGGCCAGGCGAUCCUGGUGUCGGGGGAGUCGGGCGCCGGCAAGACCGAGACCAGCAAGCUCAUCAUGAAGUACCUGGCGUACAUGGGGGGGUACAUGGAGGCCCACGGGCGGCGCGGCAGCAGCGGCGGCGGCAGCAGGAGCGUGGAGGAGCAGGUGCUGGAGAGCAACCCGCUGCUGGAGGCCUUUGGUAACGCCAAGACCGUGCGCAACAACAACUCCUCCAGGUUUGGCAAGUACGUGGAGAUCAACUUCAACAAGGCAGGCGCCAUCACUGGCGCGGCCAUCCGCACCUACCUGCUGGAGCGGUCGCGCGUGGUGGCGGUCAACAACCCGGAGCGCUCCUACCACAUAUUUUACCAGCUGUGCGAUGGCGCGAGCCCUGAGGAGCGGCGGCGGUGGCGGCUGAAGCCGGCAGCGCAGUACCACUACCUCAACCAGAGCACCUGCUUCGAGAUCCCUGGGGACAGCAAUGCCGAGGAGUACGAGCGCACCGUGACGGCCAUGGCGAAGGUCGGCAUACCCGCGGACCAGCGGGAGGCGAUCCUGGCCUGCACCGCAGCGGUGCUGCACCUGGGCAACGUGGCGUUUGCGGAGGGCAGGGACGCCGACAGCAGCAUGGUGAAGCCCGGCGGCGCCGCGGAGGAGGCGCUGGCGGCGGCGGCCGACCUGCUUGGCGUGUCUCGAGACGGCCUGGCGCACGCGCUGACGACGCGCACGCGCCAGACGCCUGAGGGCCCGAUUAUCAGCCCGCUCAACGUGCGGGCCGCCACUGAGAACCGGGACUCCCUCGCCAAGGUCAUCUAUUCCAAGAUGUUCGACUUCUUGGUCACUGCCAUCAACAACGCCAUUGGAGAGGACAAGAACUGUGCGGCCAGCGUGGGUGUGCUGGACAUCUACGGCUUUGAAUCUUUUGAGUACAACGACCUGGAGCAGUUCUGCAUCAACCUGGCCAAUGAGAAGCUGCAGCAGCACUUCAACCACCACGUGUUCAAGCAGGAGCAGGCUGAGUAUGAGCGCGAGAAGAUUGACUGGUCCUACAUUGAGUUUGUGGACAACCAGGACGUGCUGGACCUGAUUGAGGGCAAGAUGGGCAUCCUGGACCUGCUGGACGAGCAGUGCAGGUUCCCCACCUCGACCAACAAGGACCUGGCCGAGAAGCUCUACGCCAGCGGCGUCUGCCAGGGCAGCGCGCGCUUUAAGCGCCCCAAGCUCACCCAGACCGCGUUCACCAUCGAGCACUACGCGGGCCCCGUGGUGUACCAGUCGGACAACUUCCUGGACAAGAACAAGGACUUUGUGGUGGCGGAGCACCAGACGCUGCUGCAGGCCAGCUCCAAGCCGUUCGUGCAGGAGCUCUUCCCUGCGGAGCAGGAAUCCCUGUCGGAGGGCAACUCUGCCGGCGGCCCCAACAAGCGUUUCGCAGCGUUCAAGUUCAACAGCGUGGGCUCCCAGUUCAAGCGCCAGCUGGGGGAGCUCAUGGCGCAGCUGGGCCGCAUGGAGCCGCACUACAUCCGCUGCAUCAAGCCCAACAGCGGCAACAAGCCCGCGCUGUGA